AUGUUAAAGAAAUUGUAGUACGAUUUGUUCGUCAUAGGAGGAGGAGCAGGAGGUUUGGCAUCUUCAAAAGCUUCAGCAUUAUUGGGGAAGAAGGUGGGAAUUGCUGAUUACGCAACUCCAAGUCCUCAUGCUACAACCUGGGGAACAGGUGGUACUUGUGUAAAUGUUGGGUGCGUGCCAACAAAAUUGAUGCCAUUCUCAGCCAAAAUGGGUGAAAUAAGGAAGGAUUAAAUAGCAGCAGGAUAUUAGGGGGUAGAAAGUGAAGGGAAGCAUAAUUGGAAAUAGUUGAUUGAGACAGUAUAAAAACAUAUAAAGGAAUUGAAUGUGCGAUAGGAAAGUUCUUUAAAGGAUCAUGGUAUCGAUUAUUAUAACAAAUUCGCUAAAUUUAUUGACAGACACACGAUAGAACUUACAGAUGUAAAAGGAGAGAAGGAAAUAAUAAGUGCGAAAAACAUAAUAGUGUGUGUUGGAUCAAGGCCUAUGCUAUAUUAGGAUCCAAAAUUGGUCAUCACAUCAGAGGAUGUAUUUCAAUAGACGACUCCUCCAGGAAAGACAUUAGUUAUAGGGGCUUCAUAUGUAGGUUUAGAAUGUGCAGGAUUCAUUCAUGGUUUUGGGUUUGACACAACAGUUUUAGUUAGAACAAGAGUUAUGAGGAAUUUUGAUUAGGAGAUGGCUUCGAAAGUAGAAGGAUAUAUGUCAGAUGGUGGAAUAAAGUUUGUUAAGCGAGCCUUAUUGUAAUCUAUUUCAGCGGUAGAUAAUGGGAAGAGGAGAUUGGUUAAGUGGGUGCGUGAUGGAGUGGUAGAGGAGGAUAUUUAUGAUACUGUAUUAUAUGGAAUUGGCAGACAGGCAUCAACUAAAUAAUUGAAUUUAGAGUCGAUUGGGGUUAAGAUUGAUGCUAGAAACUAUAAGAUCAUGGCUGAUGAAUACGAUAGAACAACAGUAGAUAAUAUUUACGAAAUUGGAGAUUGUUGUUUGAAAAGAUAAGAGUAUACACCUAUUGAAGUAAUGGAUGGCAGGAAAUUAGACAAAAGAAUGUAUGGAGAUAGUAAUGAGAUAAUGGAUUAUGAUGAUGUGGAUACGAAUAUAUAAACAACUAUUGAGUAUGGAAGUAUUGGAUUGUAAGAGGAGAGAGCAAAGAAAAAGUAUGGGGAUGAUGGAAAAAAAAUUAAAAGGACUAAAACAAAAACUAAAAAAUGGAGAAUAAGAUAGAGAGACGAUGAAAAGUAUUGUGGAGGCAAAUUGAUUGUUCAUAAGGAGUCAGAACGAAUCAUAGGAUAUCAUACGUUGGACCUGAAGCUGCUGAGGUAACUUAAGGCUUAGCAGUGGCUAUGA